CUAGGCGCUGAGCAUCACAGCGAACGCAGGAAACAUUUUCACUGCAAAGGACAUUUUCAAAGUGUGAAUAGCGUAUUUGGCAAAUUGCAGGGAGGGAUACCCGUUGAAGGUCAAGUCUCCGAAGUCGAGGAAUAUUGACAUCGGGUACCGAGGCUGAUGCUGUGAUCGGUUGCCAUGGCCUCCGAUGCAAGUCACAUGUUGGAAGCGGCCUUGGAGCAAAUGGAUGACAUCAUCGCAGGUUCCAAGGCUGCGGCCGAGUACACCAACGGCCUGUUUGAGCUAGGCUCCCCGGGAAGCUCCGGGCCCCUCCAGGUUCUGCAGCUGGUGGAGGACCUGAGGCUGGCUCUGGAGCUGCAGCCCACGGAGGAGGACAGGGACGCCCUGAGGGCCCGGGUCUCCAGCAGCACCACCCAAAUGCUCAUGGACUGGCUGGACUCCGGGGGCUCUGACAGGGGUUCGGUUAACCUCCUCUCACCGGGGAACAAUGAGAGCUAUCAGGAGCGACUGGUGCGCUUAGAGGGGGACAAAGAGUCCCUGGUGCUUCAGGUGAGUGUGCUGACAGACCAGGUGGAGGCCCAGGGGGAGAAGAUCCGAGACCUGGAGAGCUCUCUGGAAGAGCACCACCACAAACUCAACUCCACUGAGGGAAUGCUCCAGCAGGAGCUGCUGUGCCGGACGUCGUUGGAGACCCAGAAACUAGACCUGAUGGAUGAGGUUUCCUACCUGAAACUCAAGCUGGUCGGCAUGGAGGAGGAACAGAACCACAGGGAUAGCAGAGAGGACCAGCAGAACAAAGCUGAGUGUGUGGUAAAUCUGAUAAGCGAGCUCCAGGAGCAGAUGUGUAGGUUUCAGGAAGAGAUCCACACCCGCAUCAUGGAAAAACGGGCUUUGGAGGCCCAGGGGGAGGCCCUGGGGGAGAGUGGGUCCCGCGAGGCCCACGACCAGAGCCCCGACGUGGGCUUGGGUGGCUCUGACGUGGAGGAGGUUUGCUGUCGCUGCGGUGGACAGAAUGGUUUACUGCAAGAACUACGUCUUCUUAAGAGUAAAGUGGAUGAGCUGGAGGGGGAGAAAUCACAGUAUGAGAGAAAACUAAAAGCCACAAAGCUCUCUAUCUCAUACUCUCUCCAUGUGUGUUACCAGUCGCUCAUGACCCAGCUCUCUAGCCUGAAGCUCACUGUAGAGCACACCCAGGUAGAGAAGCAGCACUGGGAGGAGAGAUGGCGGUCCGCUCAGGGCGAAAUAGAAGAUCUCCAGCGGAUAUUGGCCUCCAAGGACACUGAGAUCAAGGCUCUACAUAGCCAGCUGGUCUCCAGAGGCCCAAUGUCCAAUGAAAUCUCAGACAGAGAGGAGUUGUAUAGGAGGCAGCUGACGGACAAAUACCACGAAUUCCAAAGUUUGAAAAUGGGAAUGGAGUCUUUGUUAGCAGCGAAUGAUGAAAAGGACCGUCACAUAGAGGAGCUCACUAUACUCCUGGGUCAGUACAGGAAGAUGAAGGAUGUGAUCGCCCUGGCUCAAGUGUCUAGUGAGAAGCUUCUUGUGGGGAGCAGUGAAGAGGAGCUGAAUGGAAGUCUGAGGAUGAGGGCUGUCACCCAUAAAGCCCAUUCAGACAUCAUCCAGUCAGAGAUGUCUUCCAGAACCUCCUCCCCAUUGUUAGUGUGCCCCUCGUCCUUUCAGAAAGAGCUGGACUCCAGCUACCGGAGCGUCCACGCGCCCCAGGAGACGUCGGUGGUAACGGUCUCCCCGAGCGACCCUGGUUGUUUCCCCAACGGACAAUGGUCCCAACCACGGAUGCUUUCCAGUAGCCUGGAGGAGUUACCAAGCGGAUCCUUGCCAAAGCAUGUAGGUGGUCAACCAGUUGAACCGCUUUCAGAGAAUCAACACAUGGAAAUGAACAAAUAUCAGACGCUGCCGGGGAAACUGUUUCGACCCAACCUGAAUGGAGAUCGAGAUCAAUAUUCCACACCAGUCCAGCUGUCCCCCGACGAUAGCGAGGACAGUGAGUUUAACCUAAGGAAGUCAGAACGACUGGAUGAGUCCACGUUGUCUGACCUGUCACCUCUGUCCUCUGGAGUGGACUCAGGACAGCAAUCACCUGUCUCCCCAGAGAACAGGAAGAAUCACCGUGGCAUCAAGAAGCUCUGGGGCAAGAUUAAGAGGAGCCAGUCAGGUGGUCUGCAGGGGGGAGACCCUGAGCCAGGAGAGUUUAAGAGGGGGGGGGUGAGAGCCACCGCCGGCCCUCGUCUUGCCCGGACCGGAGAGACGUUAACCUCUGUUCGGGAUCUGAAGACCCCCUUUUCCAACUGGACUCCUGAGCAGGUGUGUUGCUGGCUGGAAGAGUUUGGGCUGGGCCAGUAUGUGAUUCUGUCCCGACACUGGGUCAGCAGUGGACACACCCUCCUCUCUGCCUCACCACAGGAUUUAGAGAAGGAGAUGGGGAUUAAGAAUCCACUGCACAGGAAGAAAUUGUUGCUGGCCCUCAAGUCUUUCAGCACCAAACUGACAGAGAAAUCUUCCGAGCUGGACCACAUCUGGGUAACACGUUGGCUUGAUGACAUCGGCUUGCCACAGUACAAGGACCAGUUUCACGAAGGGAGGGUGGACGGCAGAAUGCUCCAGUACUUGACAGUGAACGACCUGUUGUUCCUGAAAGUGACCAGUCAGCUGCAUCACCUGAGCGUGAAGUGCGCAAUCCAUGUCCUCCACGUGAACAGGUUCAACCCCUACUGCCUGAAGAGAAGGCCUGGGGAUGAGAACCAGACCUCCCCCUCUGAGGUGGUGCAGUGGUCCAACCACAGGGUGAUGGAGUGGCUGAGGUCCGUGGACCUGGCGGAGUACGCCCCCAACCUGAGGGGCAGCGGGGUGCACGGGGGCCUCAUUAUUCUUGAGCCUCGUUUUAACUCGGACACCCUGGCCAUGCUGCUGAACAUUCCCCCACAGAAAACCCUGCUGAGACGUCACCUGGCCACCAACUUCAACAUGCUGGUGGGCUGCCAGGCUCAGCAGGAGAAGAGGGAGUACAUGGAGUCUUCGGGCUACAAUCCACUCAGCACAACAGCCAAAGUCAGGCCAAAGAAGUUGGGCUUCUCAAAUUUCGGCCACCUGAGGAAGAAGAGGUGUGACGACGCAACAGACUUCAUCUGCCCCCUGGAGGUGGCGCAGGCCCAGGCGGGGCUGAACGGGGCCCACCGGCCCUACUCCGGCUUCAGGGGCCUCAGCCCCAUCCUGGACAGAGACCCGGACAGACGGGAGCAGAUGGCGGAGACAGAGGGGACCGUUCUGCAGAUAGAAGCUCUGUCAGAGGGAAUUAACCAACUCACAGUUUAUGCCUACCAUGAGACACCUGAGCGUUGAAGUACUUUACCCUAUGCAGUCUACCCUGUAAUAUGGACUACGGUUUGUUCCUUUGUGCUAAACACUAUUUUUCAACUUGUUGGAUUUCUUAGAGAUCAUGUCAAUAUAUCCCUGAAGCUAAUGCAAACAUAAGCAUUACAUCAUACUGCAAGCAAAAACACACCCCACUUAAACAGCUCAUUUGCAUUGGAACAAUAAGAAACUGGUUUCCCCACCUUUCCACAUAUAUUUGGCAUAUGUGGAUAGGCUGAGGUAAGUCCCUACAACAUGUAACCAGAUUCGAUGAUCCUGUAUGAGUGGAGCGGCUGAGGGACGCCUGCUCUCUGGGAGGGAGGUAGCCAAGUGAAGUGUCAAAGUCCACGCACAUCCCUGUUGAGGAUCCUACUGCAAGUUGUUGUUUUGCUUCAACCGAGCACAUCCUAA